AUGAUCAACAGACCGGAUAUGACGGAAGUCGCCUUGUGCUCGCUCGUUGAAAUAGAUGUAGAACAUGGAUGUCUUGUUUGGUUACUGCUCGGCACCGAGUUUACCCGCACCGAGAACUACUACGGAGUAUUGAAUAAACGCCGGAACAUUUCCACGCCGCGGAGCUGUCAGCCCACCACGCACCCAGCAUCUGCACAGAAUACAAGGCCCGGGAACAUGCGGUUAAUUGCUACUGGCAGGGCCUUACGUGCUGGCAGUGGCCGAUGGUCAAUUGGCCCUUCUGCACGCGGGAGGAGAGGCCUUCCGCUGUUGCGCCAGCAGCAACCGCACGCCGCAGUCGGCCUGAGAUUCUCGAGCUCGUCGCCAGCUUCGCAGACACAAAAAGAAAAAAUUGAGUCCCCCAGAACGACGGCUGGAAGUCCUCGACGUUUCUCGACACGCCCAGGAAAUCAAAUCAUCGUCGAGGGAAGGCCUUACGCAACCGAUGAAUGGAUGAACACGCCGGAUACCAUCCUCUCUCACGUUAGCCGUCGCUUAUACCUCGACGAGAACCAUCCUCUGGCCAUCACUCGAAAAUUGAUCGAAAGCCAGUUCCCCGGUCCUGUCUUCGGCAAUUAUGUGGAGGAAGACCCCAUCGUUACUACAGAGCAGAAUUUCGAUGUCCUUGGCUUCCCCCCAGACCACCCGGGUCGCAGUCGCACCGAUACCUACUACAUCAAUGAAAAGACUCUUCUGAGAACGCAUACGAGUGCGCACCAGUCUGCGUACUUCCGGCGCAUAAACAGUAACGAGAAGAUACGCCCCGAAGAGGAAGGGUAUACGGUGACGGCCGAUGUUUAUCGCCGUGAUUCCAUCGAUCGCAGUCACUACCCCGUUUUCCACCAGAUGGAAGGCGCCAGGCUGUGGAAACGUCCCAGAGUUGAUCCCUUGAAGCAUGCUGCGGAAACUGCCUCCAUGAUCUGGAAAGAUGUGGAGAAGAUCCCCUCUCACGAUGUCGUGGUUGAAGAUCCCAACCCGACCAUUCACCCCGAGCGGAAUCCUCUCCAGGCAGAUCAUCACAGCGCUGAGGAAGUCGAGGCCGUCGCUGCACAUCUCAAACGCUCUCUGGAACGGAUGGUGGUGAAGAUUUUCUCAGAGGCUGCCAAAGCCGCCAAGGGUUCUGAUGCAGGGCAAGAACCUCUCAAGGUCCGCUGGGUUGAAGCUUACUUCCCCUUUACCAGCCCUUCGUGGGAGCUGGAGGUGUUCUGGCAGGGUGACUGGCUCGAGAUCCUAGGGUGCGGGAUCAUCAAGCAGGAUCUGCUCAUCAAUUCCGACGUGCCCGAUCGGAUCGGAUGGGCUUUCGGCGUGGGGCUCGAGCGUAUCGCGAUGCUGCUCUUCAAUAUUCCAGACAUCCGUCUUUUCUGGUCCCGCGACGAGCGUUUCCUUUCUCAAUUCACCGCCGGGAAGAUCACUCGGUUCGAGCCGUUCUCCAAACACCCAGCUUGCUACAAGGACGUGGCAUUCUGGCUCCGGUCAGCCACUUCGAGUGGAGGCAGCGCCGCAGGCGGCGUGGUGCCUUUCCACGAGAACGAUAUCAUGGAGAUUGUUCGGGAUGUCGCCGGCGACCUUGUCGAGGAUGUCAAACUGGUGGACGAGUUUACGCAUCCCAAGACGGGCCGGAAGAGUCUGUGCUACCGCAUCAACUACCGGAGCCUGGAACGGACGCUGACGAACAAGGAGGUCAACGAAUUGCAUGAGAAAGUGCGAGAGAAGUUGGUUGAGAAGACGGGUGUUGAGUUGCGGUGA